UAUAGCCGUGCAACACGCGCGCCGCGGUACACUCGUCGUCGUGUUCUCGUCGCGUGCAAACAGUCGUUCGUCCGUAUGAAAUGGGAUAUUUAAGAGUGUAAAAAUUAAAAAAAUAUUUUAACUCGGAAACCAAAUAAUCUAUUGGUCAGCGAUCACGGUACAAUAAUAAUAAUCACUGCCUAUUUUGAUUUCGUAACUAUAAAGCGCGAGAGAAACAUUAAAAUAUUAAUACUCAAACUUAUAAGCGUUUGCGAGAUUUCGGAAUGUUUGUUGCAUACCCUUAAUUGUAGUGUCUCGUAGUAUAGUCUCGUGCGCGAAAUCGUAUGGCUUACGGGGCCACGUAGACUGCGAGGCUACAGUCCAGUGGUGGUCGUGGUGGCCACGUAAAGGUCACGUAUUGUGCACCUUAUUUGAACGGUGUAGAUGCCAUAAUGCUUCAGAGAUCUCCAUCAUCAAGGAAGCGGCGUUCCGCUAACAAUGACUCACGCCGAACUAGUGUGGCGUUUAAUUUGGAAUGUCAGUCAACGAGACUCGCAGAAGGAGGAAGGCAACAAACUCAGCAGUCACCACAACAUAGAAGAGCUAGUAUAGCAGCUACAUCACCUUCUGAUGGAUUUGAAAUGCGGCAAAGAACUAGAGUAUCACCGGAGGAGGAGUUUUUUGAAUAUACAUAUAAACGAAGUCCCAGACCGAGUUUUGUAUCUGAAUCUAAAGUACAAUAUAUUGAUAAGAGCCCUAGAAAUAGUUUGGUUCCAGAUAUGUCAAGGAGUCCCCGAACAAGUUUGGUACCAUCAGAUCAUCGAAAACCUCCACGAUUAUUACCAGAUGAGCAACAAGACUCAUAUACACGGUCUAGUCCUUCAAGACUUGAAGUUGAUAUCAACCGGAGUCCUAGGCAUAGUUUAACAUGUGAGCAUCCAGAUCCAAGAAGUCCUAGAAGUCCGAGAGGUAGUAUGGUGCCAGAGGAUGAUUAUUCGGAAUUACGGUCUGGACUGCGAUUAGACGUGGAGAGUUUCAACCGAAGUCCAAGAUCAAGUACUGCCGGCUUAGAUCCGUCUAGAAGUCCAAAAAACAGUUUGGUGCCAGACUCAAGUCGAUCACCUAGAGGAAGUAUUGCUUACGAUUUAAAUCGAAGUCCUAGGGGUAGUUUGGCAGUAACACCAGAUACCAAUCGGAGUCCUAGAGGUAGCUUGAUACCAGAUCCCGGAAAAAGUCCUCGAGGUAGUGUAGUAUCAGAAGGUGCAUAUAAUAUGAGUCGCUCAGCUAGAAGCAGUAUACCGAUGGCCGAAUCAGCAUCUCUGGGAAGAACGCCAAGAGGAAGCAUAGGUUCGGUGUCGUGCGUCCAUUUUGAUCCACAGUUAAAGUCAACCAGGAAUUCAACUGAACCAGGAAAUGGAUCUCCAAAAGGAACUCUGAAAGAUACUCAAAGAAGUUCUUCACCGUAUAAGAAUACACAAUAUACACAAAAACAGAUGUUUCCCGACGAAUCAAGAAGAGCUAGUAGUAGUGUUAGUCAAGUUUCCGGCGACGAGAGGAAACGCUUGUGCGAGCAUGUUAAGCCUUGCGACAGUGGCCUAACCGUCUAUGGUUCAUUGACAUAUCAAUUGAACCAUGCCAAUAUGGAGUCGACAGGCAUAUUCGAUUUUAUCUUAAAAGCAUUGAGUAUUAUUCACAGAACUGUGAUAAUGACGGUAAUUUUGUCCAUUUUCACGGUGGUGCCUUUAAUUAUGUUCGUUGUUGGCGUGGAGUUCGUUCGCGACUGUCCGCGGGAACCGCACAUACCGGUGUACAUGAUCGUGGGCGGCAUAUUCGGCUUGAUCAAAAUGGUGUGGCUGCUGUGCCGACAGGUCAAGUCGCUGCGGUACAACAAGCGCCGGCGGCCGGACAUGGGCACGCGGGAGGACAUGGUGUCGUCGAUGGGGUCGCGCAUAGCGUCCGUCGGGCUGGCCGCGUUCCUGGCCGGUUGGUUCGCGCUGGGCAACUAUUGGAUACUGUCCGUGUACUGGCCCGAAUCGGAGCCGACGUCGCUGUACGAGCCCAACGGCUGGUGCAACAGGACGCUGUACGUCACCAGCCUCGUGCACCUGGCCCUGGUGUACGCGGCCGGCGCGCUGGUGCUGGCCACCGUCGUGGCCGUGCUGGUGUUCCAACAGUGCGCGUUCCGGUUCAAAUAGCAUACGGCCACCACGGCGCUGUGCGGUUGCGCCCACGGCCACCACGGCAGCCGCCGCAUGACCAUCACCGGCAUACUGCCGUACAGCGCCAUACACAUCAGCGUCACCAGGCCCGUCGACGACGUGGCCCUGUAGUCGGCCGGUGCGCCCGACACCGACACCGACGAGAUCGCGAUCAUCGUCGUCGGCCGCCGACUACUCGACCGCCGACGCCUCGGACGACGGUCGUCAUCGACGGCGGUCGCGACUCUGCGCGGCUGCAGCUGCAGUCGUGUACGAAAUACAAUAGAGGUACCAUUAGGCGCACUCGGCUACUCGGGGCGCCGCGUUGUAAGUAGAGGAAUGCGUACUCACGACGUGUAUACGACGUAGGUAAUAUCGUGCGACGUCGAAUGCAUUUACCGUUUUCGAAUACAACAAUCCGGACUAUUUUGUCGGCCGUGUUUGUCGGGGGGGGGGGACCCCCCCAAAAAAUGACUUCUAAUUCGCAUAAGGCGUUAUCAUGUCAUUAGAUUUAAAUAAUAACGACGAGUGGCAAAUACGACUGGGAUUAUUGUAUUUGGAAUCAAAACCCAUUUACGGUUAGAUGUAGGUAUAUUAUUAUAAACAUGUAUUAUAUUAUUUAUUACGAUACCUAAUUAUUUUAAAAGUAUUAUUAAUUAUUUUACCCGUAAAAACGUAGAACAACUCUUGUGUACGGUUUGGGCGCUGCAGUGAGGAUCUGGCCGCGAUCGAUCAGCAUUCGCAGUUUUAGGCUAAAAUUAUGAGAGACGCCUGUUAAUCGAAUAGAUUACGGUUGAGAAAUCUACAAAGAUUAUAAUUGUACAAUGUUGUGCACUUGCGUGUAUAGUGUAACGUUUGCUGGCAAGUAUCAUUCGUAACGGUGUCCUUUGUAUUCAACAUAUUAAAUACGAUCGUCGCGUCACGCGUCGUUACGCAAAGCCAUUUCGUACACAUCCAUAUUAUUAUUAUUAUUUACCCAAGUACGGUGUUUAUGUCAUGUGCGCCACUGAGUUGUUUCGCUCAUUGUCAAAUAUGACUAUUAUGUUAUCUUACAGACUCUGAUAUCACAAAGACGCCCGUUUACCUAUAUCAUUUAAAACGUAUAUUUUAUAAUAUUUAUCUCCUCCGCAUUAUAGAAUAUUUAUAUUAUAUUUAUCGCCCGUGUUUGUUCCCGUAUAAGUAUAACUUCCUAUUUUUUUUCCUGAUUUAUAUUUUUGAAUUAUAAUUUUGAGCGAUUAUUAUUGCAAUAUUGACUUAUACUUAUUAUGAUUUCUCAUUAAUAUAACGGUAUAUUUAAACUUUAGCAGACCCUGUUCCGUAAAAGUCAAUUGUAAAUAUUUUAAAAGUAGAAUUACUUAUUUUCGUUAUUCAAAUACUUAAGUUAGUUUUAAAGUUUAUGCAGGUGAUGGGUAGAGGAGUAUAAUACAUAGUAGGAUGGCGGAUAAUAAUAUAAUAUGUACAAUAAACAUGGUGAGAUACCAACUUUAACUGUAAUUUAACGAAUUCACGUCACGGUAAACGUCGUUUUCCAUUCCUUGCUUCGCUCAGAAUGCAUUUUUUCAAAUCCAGAACCGUAUCGUUUGACACCUAUAUAAUAAUAAUGUACUAACCCUUGAUCCUCGUGCCUGUUUUACUGCUCACGGGGCAAUGCUUACUGAGAAAACUAACUUCUUACUAUUCCUACAUCGUGCGCUAGUUUACCUGUUAUUGUGUUUAAAUAUAUUAUCAUGUGUUCACAUGUGCGUAUGCUAUUUUGUUAGCUGUUCUCGUUCGUUUUGCUCCUUUAUUGUUAUUGUUAUUUUUAUCGUAUAAAUUGACGUUUUAAUUAUUGAAACCGUUUCGCCAUUUUGAAGUCCUUAAUGUUGUACUUAAAAGUUUGGUGCCUAACACGUGUUAAACGAUCUGAAACACUUAAAAAAUGUUUAAAUGCGUUUCGUCGUUCAACCAAUAAUUUGAUUUCUCUUUGCAUUUAUAUUAUUUAACACACUUCGAUUGAUAAUUUUAUUAUUAUAAUAUAUAAUUGUAUGCGUAAUAAUGCAUUUUAACAUUAACACGAUGUAAUAUUCAUAAUUUUUCAAUUAAUCAAUAUUGAAAUAUUAAUUCUAAUAAUAUUUAAGACAUAUUAUAGAAAAACUUCGAUGUGCCCAUUAUAAUAUAAAUACUACCUAUACAUAUUAUAUUAUCUAUUUCAUUAAAAACUAAAAAAAAAACUAUAUCUAUGGUUCUCUCUACUAUUGUUAUGAUUGUAAUAAAAUUAUUGUGUCUUUCGACGUAUUAUAUUAAAUAUAUGUACUAACCAUACACUAUUGUUACAGUUCAGUCUAUAGGAAAUAUGCAUUAUUGGAUAUAAUAUGCUUAAGCUUACAGUAUUUACACUUUUAAAAAGGGAAAAAUAAUAGCAAAAUCAUCUAAUACCUAUACAAGUCUUUUGUAGUCAUAAAGACUCAAUGAUUUGCUUUAAAAUUUUUAUGUUUGUAUAACAUUGUAUAGUGAAGUUAAUCAUAUUAGUUUAUUCAUAAUUAUUAUACCUGAACUAAGUCGUUUGGAGAAAUAUACUUGUUCGUAGAUAUAUCGUAUAAAAUUAAAUAUAGGUUAACAUAAGCUGUCAUUAAAUUUUAAUUUUUUCACCGCUUUUGUAAAUUUUGAUUAUGAUAUCAUAAAAUGGUUCAAGUUAGCAGUCAAUAGGUAUUGCACUUUACGUUUGAAUUUGGUAAAAGUUUUUAAAAUUAAUUAUAACUGCGUGUCAAGCGUGAUUUGAAUAAUGGUAAGUCAAUAUCAUAUGAAAUGUAUUCUGUGAACUUAAAUUUAAUCACGCAUAAAUGUAUCACAAUAAUAAUUGUUCUACGAUGCGGUUAUUUUAUUAAAUUUUCGUUUUGAAUGUUUUUGCAAAGUCUCGAAAUGUUAUUAUCUCGUGUAAUAUGUCCGUAUUCAUACAUUACGCACACUGAGCAAUCAUUGAUUAUAAAUCGUAUUAUUAUUUUCAUGAAUUUAAUCAACAGAAAUAAUUCAGUUAGAAUUCUCUUAAGACUUAAAUUAUUAUUCUACUCGUUUAACGAGUAUUCGCAUAAAUGCAAAAUAGAUAUAAAUCACUCUGAUUUAUGACCAUUGGUAUCAAUGACUAAAAGAUUUUAAGUGUUUGGACGUGAGUACGUGACAUGAGUUAAGUUGAGAACGACAAUGGUGGAAGAUGUUGGGAUUUAGUACUUUAAUGUAAACAUUAGGUCCUAUGGGUUACCUACCCGUUAAAAUUGUUUAUACCGUCUAAAUACAUUAUUUUAGUCCGGAGAUUUAGAUUGAUCUAAGUUUUUUAACAAAUUAGAGGACGCUACUCUCACAUGUAUUAUCUACGUAUUAUAAACAUACAACAAAGCAAUUUUCGUUCAAAUAUUAUUAGCUUUAAUAUUAGAGUUAAUUGAUCUAUUAUCAGUUCGAAAUGAGAGCAUUAUAUAUGAGUAAGCGUUGGUUUUUUUCGAUGUUUAAAUUUUUAAUUUUUAAUGUGAAUAUGACAAAUUGAAAAUGUUUAUUUCUUGAAUAAUAAUUAACGAUUGAGGACAGAUAAUAUUUUUACCUUUGUAGAAAAAUUAUUAGUUCUACUGAAUGAAAGUUUGUCAAGUUAUAUGUUUGUAUGGUGGAAACAAUAUAAUAUGUAACGGUGACGUCCUCUUAACGUACUUUUUUAUGAUAAAUAAAUAACAAUACAUUUAGCGUUAAAUAAUUUUCAUUAUUUUCAUAACAUUAUACAAUAUCUACAUCAUCUUGAAUGUAUGUAUAGUGAUCACCAAUUUUAAAUUAUGAGUGUAGAAACAUGCUAUAACAUGGACCAUAUAGUGAUUGGAAAUUCGUUUUAAUUUAUUCGUCAAAUUUGAUAUAAAAAAAAAAUAUAUAUAUAUAUAUAUAUAAUUAAUGGUUAAAAUAUUCUACUAAAAAAAAAAAAAAAAAACAUUAGAAUUUUGUUUCCGAUCAAAUAAAAAUGUCGUGAUAAAUAAAUAAAACUUUUUUUUUCAUUAUUUUUUAUGUUUGUAAUGAAUCAUAAUGAUAAAUCAUUAUUGAAUAUUACAAACAAAAUUAAAAUUUGGUGUAUAGUUAAAAAACUGUUAAUGGUAUUUUAUGUUUGAAAUAUAAUAUUAUAGUUUUCAAUAAUUAAACAUUGAAAUUAUAUUAAAAUCGUUUAAAAUAAAUUGUUAUAACCAUAUUAUUAUAUUAUAUUACUAUAUAGGCAUAUAACGGAAUCCAAUUAAUUCAUUCAAAUUGUUUAUUGAAGACGAGUAAAUCUAUUGCCAAGAACUCUGUUAAGGAUAAUGUAUUAUGUUUAUCACAUAAAGUUCUAUUCUUGCUCUUGAAAAUGAAAAUAGGUUUCAUUAUAAAAUUGUAAUCAGCGAAAACAUAUACUACAGUGAUUUUCAACCAAAAUAGUAUCGUUUAUAAAAAUAAAACCGAGACUGUAAUAAUUGCAGGUUAUAGGUACAUAAUAUGUAAAAAUAAGACAUUAACAUUGAACGCCGGAAGAAAGUCUUGAAAUUGAUAUUAUUUCACAUCAUUGUAUCUAUUAUUAUCUUUGAAAAGAUUGAAAUUUUAUAACCAAAUAAUCCAAUUCCCAAAUAUCUUGUCCGUCCGUUAAUGCUUAAGUUCAUGUUUUUUAUUUGUGUUUUCUAUAAAAACAUUUCCUUACCUAAAGCGUGACAAUGAUUUUAUUUAUUCACUAUAUACCGGUGUUUAAAUUUGAAAUUAACUCGGUCGCUCUCCCAGUGUCGAUCGACACUAACAAUGAAUUAUUGUCCAAAUGUAAACGACAAAUCCCUGUAUUUUGUUGUCCCCUUGGGUUUUUGGUGUUUUUAACAAUUCGUUUCAAUUUUCUCUCAAGAGCCUCCCUGCUCGUGUUUACACCGUAUACAAUUUUAUACAAACUGAAAGACAAUAUGUGAAAUUAAAAAUGAAUCAUUCAGUAGUGUCAACACAACAGUGAAAACCCAAAAAUUUAGUAUUUAUAAAUUAUAAUUAAAAGUGGUAAAGUAUUAUUGAAUAGGAUUUUAAUACUUUCAAAUAAAAUUUAAAAAUUAAUUAAAAAGCUGUAAUUACCAUUUAUUUAUAUUUAUACGCAUUUGAUCUUCCUAUAACAUGAAUAGUUUUUUAAAUCACGUCUUAUUUCUUUAUUAAAGUCAAAUAUAAUAUAAUUUAUUUCAAACAUUUUCUUACACGACCAUGUGCAUUAAAUAAUUUUUAGAUUUGAAGAUUUCUAUUGAAUUAUUAUUGGUAUUUACCUAUAAUAUGAAACUUGAGGUUUAUGUUUAAAUUUAUCUGUUUCAUACAGAUUACACAAUUAACAAUAUUAUGAAUGCUGGGACCAAAAUAGAAGAAUUUGUAAAAUUCAAUUGCGUCUUUGUAGAAUAAUCUCUACGUAUUAAAUAACAUUUCCUAAACCAAUACUUACCAUAUCAUACUAAACAAUAUCAAAUACAUGUGAUAAUCUAAUUUUUUCCUUUUAAGUUCUACUUUUUUUGGCAUAUACAUUAUUCUAUACCUAUGUUUGUUAAUAAAUAUUUUAAAUUAAAUUAUGUUUACUUUUACUUAAUAUACUUCAAUACAACAGAAUUUCAGCCUAUAAUUGCAUCAUGAACAUUUGUUUGUUUCAAUUUUAAUCAUAAGUACCGUCUUGUUUCCUUAAGAAACUAUUGUCUAAGUUACCUAAUAUUCUUAAUAUAUUUUCUAUAAAUUUAAUAUGAUUACAACACAACGUGUUAAAUUUAUAAGAAACGCCUAUAAAAUAAAAUCUAAUAAUUUAAUAUUUUUAAUGCCUUAUAUUAUUUUAUAAAUUAUUAUAUUUUUUGUUCAAACACAUUAUUUUAAAAUUCAUAAUAAGAGAUUUCAACCAAUUGUAUGUGAUUUUCUGUACUACGGUUUUUAUGAUUAUAAAAUUUGAAGAUAUUGUAUAAUGAAUAACAAAGGUUAUAACAUAAGCACUCUUAUAACAUUAAAGAUCUUCGUACGAACUUUUAUAAAAAUGAAAUCAUUAAUAUUAAGCAGUACACCAUAUUGAUUUUUUUUAUUUUUGUGCAACCGUAACCUAAUUUUUGUUUAAUAUACAGUUUUAUAAUCAUUAUUUACUAUAUAUACAAAUAUUUUAAUAUCGCCAUAAAUAUUUACUGAAAUGGGUAGUUAAAAAAAAAAAAUAAAAUAAACUAUCAAUCAUUUUUUUGGUGUAUUUUUAGACGUUUUAAUGUUAUAAAUAUAAAUAUUGUACUUGAUGAACCUCUACAAUUUAAUAAAUAUUAAAAUACUCGUACAAAAUAUCGUCUAUACGUUAUCCAAUAGGUACUUCUUUUCAUAAAUUAUAUUUUAAUAUCACAUAAUAUUUGAUUUAGUAUUAUUGUCAAGAACCAAAUUCAUAAUUCCCAUAGAAAAAUGACUUUGAAUAAUAUAUUAUAUAAAUACCUACUUGGUAUUUAAAACAUAUUAUACUAAUAUUUACUAACUAAUUAUUUACUUUAUUAAUAGAAUUCAGUUUUCAUCUUAAGAUCUAAGCUGAAAACGAUGGUGAAGUUGUAAAAAUGAAUAUCUGCCUACAUUUCAAGUUAUUGCUGUAAUGUAACUAAGAGUAUAGAUUUUCUAAAUACCUAAUAAUUAAUGUAAAGUCUAAUGAUGAUUUAAACGUUUGCAAAUCGUCGCUAUAUACUCUUUAUUAAUAUAGCCAGUUUAACAAUAUGGAUUGAAAACUUUUUUAGACUAGAUUCAUGUAGGAUAAAAUUCUGGAUAAAAAGGAAUAGGUAUAAUAUACCUAUUUCUUUUAUAACCUAUUAUAACAAUUAAGUUUAUAAUUUUUUUUAUAUUCAUGUGUACAUUAAACUAAUAUUGGCUCUAAAUGAAAAGAUAUAAUACAAAAACCGAGUAUGAACGUUUUUAAUUGAUAAUCAAAAAGUAAUACGUUUCAACUAACAAAAUAUGCAUAAUUUACCAUUGUUAUAGUACUAAAAAAUACAGAUAAUAAUAAUAAUGCAAUUAUAAAAAAUCUUUAAGUUUUCUGUAAGCUAAAACUAAAAUCCCUAUACAUAUAUUACAUUAAAUACAAUUUCGUAUAUUAUACCAUAAAAUCAAAAUAAGUUUCUUAGCUAAAAAAAAUAUAGUAAGCAAUUGACUUUUCUCAUGUAAUAUUAAUUCAUAGAUAUAAUUUAGAGUAAAGUAAAUCAAUUUUAAGUUUUAAAUAAUAAUUAUUAUUUUUGAAUCGAAAAAAGUUUGAUUUUGAGUCCAGUGAAAUCAAAUCAUAAAUUAACCUGACUUUAAUUAUUUAAAAAAAAACAAAAAUAGAUUUCAUUUUCUUAUAAUUACUUCUCAUAUAUUUUUUUUUUUUUUUAGAAUUAAUAAGAAGAAAAUAAUAAGUCUUUUUUUUAAGGUUAAUUUUAAAAAAGGUUGCUGAAUAGACGUUAUUGAAAUCAGGUUAUUUGAAAUGUUUAUGUCUUGCAGGUUAAGUUAGUUUUAAAGUCAAAUAUUUAUGAAAUUCUUUUGAUAUUGUAAAUAUAAAUGUGUGUAUAAUCAACAGAUGGAUUUUCUGAAUGAUCUGUUUAAAAAAGUCAAUCAUAGUAUACAAUAUAAUUUAAAAUGUUGCGUAGGUACCUAACAUGAAGUUUAAUAUGGUUUUAAAUACUAAUACACAAGUAUUGGUCCAAGUAAAAUUUUACAUGAUAAAACGACGUUACCAAAAUGUUUUAUUAGCAAUUAUAUUCAACAAUAAUGACUAUUGAAACAAAUAAUUUAUAUUUACCAACAAAUUGUGCAUAUAUUUAAUAAAAAAACGAAUAAAAUACCUUGGGUUGUAUUAAAUGAUAUUAUACAACAAUCAUAUUAUUAUAAAUACAUUCAUGAUGAAUAUAAAUGAUUUAUUUCAUACACUAAAAGAAAAUCAAACUAUUUUAGAUAUAGUCUCGAGAUGGUCAAUUUAUACUUAAGUAUUUUAUAUUAAUGUUACAGAUUAAUCUGUAAAAUAAUUUAAAAAAUAUAAAUGGGUAAUUUAUUUAAUUGUUAAGAUAAAUAAAUAAUGAUUUGUUAUUGUAGAAAAGCAUUAUAGGUAAGUACUUUAACCAUGUGUGUAUUAUUUAAACAUAAUUAAUUAAUAAUUACCUAUAUUUAUUUGUAUUUUUAUGUUUCAUAUAAUAUAAUUCCAGGAUUUAAGUUUUUUCUUGUUAUUAAUUUCAUAAGUUUCAGUUAAUUUAUCUUUAAUACGAUUUUACUGUUAUUAUUUUGUCGUCAAAACUUGAUUAUUAUUUUUUGCAGAUAAAUGUUUUUAUUUAGAGAAUUGUAAUAACAUCUAAAAAAAACACCAAACACAAUUUAAGGAAUCAAACUUUAUAUUAAUAUAUAAAAAUUAUUUAUAGGUAUAGUAUUAUUAUUAAUUACGUGGCUAUAAAUGGCUAUAUUUAUGUUAUAAAAUCUAUAUUUUAAUUGAUGAUUUAUGUCUAUUACAAAUUAUCUAAAAUAUUUUAUCAAAAAGUAAGAUAUUGUAUACCACUAAACUAUUACUAUACUUAGCUUAAAAUAUUAUAAUAUUACGUUUUAAUAGUUGUGUAUUUUAUGUGAAAAAAAUAUAACACUGAAUUGUUUUA